AUGCCGCAGCAACAGCUCACGCAGCAACAGGUGGUUGCGCUGGAGCGGCUGGACGUCAUUGCGAAGGAGCUUCGGUCCAGAACUUCUGAUGAUGUCCGCAGACGGGCCGCAGCGCAGCUGCGGGAACUUGUAAUCGUCUGCCACCGAGACCUCUCCCCCGAGCACUUCCAUGCCUUCUACACAGCCGUCAACAACAGAAUCACACAGCUCAUCACCCAUGGGAGCGAUUCCUCCGAACGACUCGGCGGCAUUUAUGCGCUUGACGCCCUCAUAGACUUCGAAGGUGUUGACGUUGCGCUGAAAUAUACGAGAUUCACGCAGAACCUGAAGACCAUCCUCCGGGGCAAGGACAUCAACCCCAUGCAGGCGGCUGCUAUGGCUCUCGGCAAACUGUGCCGACCCGGCGGUACCCUGACCUCAGAACUAGUCGAGGCCGAGGUAAAAACGGCCCUCGAAUGGCUGCAGUCCGAGCGGAUCGAAGAACGACGAUAUAGUGCCGUCCUCGAGCUCCGAGAGUUGGCUAGGAAUGCCCCGACCCUAAUGUACAACUACGUGGGCCUCAUCUUUGACCUCAUCUGGGUCGGUCUCCGCGACCAGCGCCAGCUCAUCCGCACUACUGCUGCCGAGACGGUUAGCGCCUGCUUCAGGAUUAUUAGGGAGCGAGAUCAGGAGCUCAAGCAGACCUGGAUGAACAAGAUGUACACUGAAAUGAAUCAGGGCCUCAAGGUCAACUCUGUCGAGUCUAUCCACGGCUCGCUUCUCGUGCUGAAAGAGCUCCUGGAACAGGGUGGAAUGUACAUGCAAGAUCGGUACGACGAUGCCUGCGAUAUUGUCUUCAAACACAAGGACCAUCGGGAUCCCACGAUACGAAAAACCAUCGUCCUUCUUAUUCCUGACCUUGCGAGCUAUGCUCCUGCUGCAUUUGCGGGCCGAUACCUCCACCAGUUUAUGCUCUACUUGACUGGCAUGCUGAAGCGAGACAAGGAUCGCAACGAUGCCUUCCUUGCUAUCGGAAACAUUGCGAAUUCGGUCAAGAGUGCGAUUGCGCCGUACCUCGACGGUGUCCUGAUUUACGUAUGCGAGGGGCUCAGUGUCUCUUCUCGAAAGAGGGGAUCUGUCGACCCGGUCUUUGACUGCAUCAGUCGGUUAGCAGUGGCUGUGGGCCAAACCCUGAGCAAGUACAUGGAGGCGUUGCUCGAUCCAAUCUUUGCCUGCGAGCUUACACCCAAGCUCACGCAAGCGCUCGUCGAUAUUGCCUUCUAUAUUCCUCCCGUAAAAGCGACUAUCCAAGAGAGGCUCCUCGAUAUGCUGAGCAUUGUGCUCUGCGGCGAGCCAUUCAAACCCCUCGGCGCACCCCAGCCGAACACGCUCAACUCUUUACCAGUCGUCCCUAAAGACUCCAAGGACCCCCAAGCCUACGAGCAUAGGAAGGCUGAGAUCAAAUUAGCCCUCAACACUCUGGGCAGCUUCGACUUUUCAGGUACUGAAGUGCUUUUCCCUUCUCGAUAUCAGUUGAAUCUACCUCCGCCACGGCGGUUUGAGCUUACCCCAGGGCAACCACCUCCCGACAGUCAGAGCCAUAAGUAUGGCCAAGGCGGACGGGCUCGUAACAAUUCGGCCUUCUCUUCAGUGAAGAAGACUUUUGGCCUGAGCGCGUCUGAUAACCCUGCGCAUCGUCGGCUCCAGAGCCACGUCCUGAACGAGUUCGUACGCGACGUCGCCAUAAAGUACGUCGACGAUGAUGAUCCCGAAAUCCGAGAAGCAGCCGCCCUUACCUGCUGUCAGCUUUACGUGGAGGACAUCAUUGUCAGCCAGACCAGCCAGCAUGCCUUGCAGGUUGUAGGUGAGGUGAUUGGUAAACUACUUACUGUGGGAAUCUCAGAUCCUGAACCAACCAUUCGGCGGACGGUGCUCGCUGCCCUCGACGAACGAUUCGAUAGGCACCUCGCCAAGGCUGAGAACAUUAGGAUCCUUCUCCUCGCGUUGAACGACGAGGUGUUUGCGAUUCGCGAAGUAGCUAUUUCAAUCAUUGGACGCCUGGCCAAGUACAACCCCGCUUACAUCGUUCCCUCGCUACGCAAGUCUCUGCUCCAGAUGCUUACGGAGCUGGAGUUCUCGGAUGUGGCCAGGAACAAGGAAGAGAGCGCGAGGCUGCUAAGUCUGCUAAUUCAGAACGCCCAGGGCCUGAUUCGGCCGUACGUCCAACCCAUGAUCGCCGUCCUGCUACCCAAGGCGAGCGACGCAACGGCGUCCGUGGCCGCGACCAUCCUCAACGCGAUUGGCGAGCUGGCAACUGUCGGCGGCGAGGACCUUUUGCCGUACAAGGAUCAACUUAUGCCGCUCAUCAUUAGUGCGCUCCAGGACCAAAGCUCGAACGCGAAGCGAGAAGCCGCCCUCCAUGCGCUUGGUCAACUGGCAAGCAACUCGGGAUAUGUCAUUCAGCCUUACCUCGAGUACCCCGAACUGCUCGAGUUGCUGCAAGGAAUCAUUCGAUCCGAAGGCCAUCACGGACUUUUGAGGCAGGAAACGAUCAAGUUGAUGGGUAUUCUGGGCGCUCUGGAUCCGUACAAGCACCAGCAGGUUGAGGAGCGCACUCCGGAAUUGCAACGACGAGUCGAGGCCACCCAAAUGACCGACAUCUCCCUGAUGAUGACGGGGUUGAUGCCUUCGAACAAGGAAUACUACUCGACUGUUGUGAUUAACGCUCUCCUGCAGAUUCUGAAUGACCCUUCCUUGGUCCAGCACCACGCCGCUGUGAUUGAGGCGAUUAUGAAUAUUUUCCGCACCUUAGGACUCGAAUGUGUUCAAUUCCUCGAUCGGAUUAUCCCCGCAUUCCUCCACGUUAUUCGGUCAUCCACCGCCCAGCGGCUUGAGUCCUACUUCAACCAGCUCGCGACGCUUGUGAGCAUUGUGCGACAGCACAUUCGAAACUACCUGCCUGAUAUCAUUGAGAUUCUCGAGGAGUACUGGAACACGUCGUCCUCGCUUCAGACAACGAUCUUGCAGCUAAUCGAAGCCAUCUCGAGGUCCUUGGAAGGCGAGUUCAAGAUAUACCUUGCUGGUCUGUUGCCCCUGAUGCUCGGCGCCCUAGAGCGGGAUGCUUCGACCAAACGAAUCCCUUCUGAGCGAGUCCUUCAUGCGUUCCUGGUCUUUGGAUCUAGCAGUGAGGAGUACAUGCACUUGAUCAUCCCUGUAAUCGUGCGUACCUUUGAAAAGCAGGGUCAGCCGAUCUACAUUCGGAAACUUGCGAUUGAGACGAUCGGAAAGCUUUCGCGAGAGGUCAAUCUCAACGACUUUGCGUCUAGAAUCAUCCACCCUCUUACCCGCGUCUUGACCCUUGGCGAAUCCUCCCUGCGGAUUGCGGCUCUCGACACACUUUGCGCCCUUAUCCAAGGACUCGGCAGGGAAUACAUUCCCUUCAUGAGUUCCGUUAACAAAAUUCUGGCAAGCAAUCAAAUUCAGCAUCAGAAUUACGAGCUCCUCGUGAGCAAGCUCCAAAAAGGAGAGCCUCUGCCUCAGCAUUUGACCUCCGAAAGGCCUGCGGACCAGGUGGACGAGCCUCUGUUUGGUGAUCUGGCGUCUAAGAAACUUGAGAUGAACCCCGUGCACCUCAAGGCCGCAUGGGAUACAAAGGGCAAAUCGACGAAAGAGGAUUGGCAGGAAUGGCUCCGGCGAUUCAGCACUACGCUCUUGAGCGAGUCGCCGAACCAUGCCCUCAGGGCUUGCGCGAGCUUGGCCAGCGUGUACCUGCCUCUUGCCCGGGAGCUAUUUAACUCGGCGUUUGUGUCAUGUUGGGGGGAACUUUAUGAGCAGUUUCAGGACGAGCUGAUUCAAAAUAUUGAGAGUGCUAUCAAGUCUGAAAAUGUGCCUCCUGAUCUGCUUGCACUUCUGCUCAACCUCGCCGAGUUUAUGGAACAUGACGACAAGGCCCUCCCUAUUGAUAUCCGCGUCCUCGGUCGGGAGGCCGCCCGCUGCCACGCAUACGCCAAGGCCCUUCACUACAAGGAACUCGAGUUCCUUCAAGACCAGAGCAGUGGCGCCGUUGAGGCUCUUAUCGUUAUCAACAAUCAGCUGCAACAGUCCGACGCUGCCAUCGGUAUCCUUCGACGCGCACAGCUGUACAAGGACGGAAUCACUCUGAGGGAGACCUGGUUCGAGAAGCUCGAGAGAUGGGAGGAGGCCCUCGCCUUCUAUGAUAAGAGAUUGGAAGAUGCCGAAAAUAACAACGAGGCCGUCCCCAUCGAGGUUAUUAUGGGCAAGAUGAGGUGUCUACACGCCCUCGGUGAAUGGGAUACCCUCGCAACUCUCGCGAACGAAAAAUGGCAGUCAGCGACUCCUGACCUACAACGCCUUAUCGCCCCGCUUGCUACGGCCGCUGCAUGGGGUCUGGGCAAGUGGGACUCGAUGGACAAUUACUUGCAAUCCAUGCGACGCUCGUCGACAGAUCGCUCAUUCUUUUGCGCCAUCCUCGCUCUGCACCGCAAUCAGUUCCGCGAGGCCCUCAACUGCGUCCAGCACACGCGGGAAGGGCUGGAUACUGAGCUCAGCGCGCUCGUUAGCGAAUCGUACAACCGGGCUUACCAGGUUAUCGUGCGCGUGCAGAUGCUUGCCGAGCUCGAGGAGCUUAUUGUCUACAAACAAUGCGAUGAACGCAAGCAAGCGACCAUGCGGCGUACGUGGGAAGCACGACUCAAGGGCUGCCAGCGCAACGUCGAAGUCUGGCACCGAAUGCUUAGGUUGCGGGCCCUGGUCAUCUCACCCGCCGAGAAUAUGCACAUGUGGAUCAAGUUUGCGAACCUGUGCCGCAAGUCUGGCCGGAUGGGCUUGGCCGACAAGUCACUCAAGCAGCUUGUCGGCAUCGAGGGGUCCCUGGAGUCGGUCCUUCCUUACUGGGGAGACCGACAGCAACCUGUGCACAAUAGGAACAUUCCCGCUCAGGUCAUCUACGGUAUCUUGAAGUAUCAAUGGGAUCUCGGUGUGCAGUCUGGCGGUAUCAAGAACAACGACCUACCGUCCAGGGCUCUAUACUCCCUUCGAAAGUUUACGCACGAGACGGCGGCUCGAUUGGAGCACAUCAAGGACCAGUUGAGCGCUCAGGCGCCCAAUGGGUUCGAGAUCUCGAGCGAUUUCAAUUUCCAACAUCCUCUUGACCCUUCGGUGCUGAGCCCUCAAACUCACAAGGCGCUUCAGGACCAGACGGUGCUGUUGGCGAAAUGCUACCUCCGACAGGGUGAGUGGAUACGGGCGCUUCACCGCGAUACCUGGCACCAGGAGCAGGUUCGGGAGGUUCUGUCAGCAUACUCGGCGGCUACAAAGUACAACCCUCGUUGGUACAAGGCAUGGCACGGGUGGGCGCUCGCCAACUUUGAAAUCGUCAACCAGAUCACCUCUCGUGCCGACAGAGAGCACGUUGGCAUUGACCCGGCCAUUAUUCUGGACCAUGUCGUUCCCGCCGUCCGCGGAUUCUUCAAGUCUAUUGCCCUGUCUGCAGGGAGCUCGCUGCAAGACACACUGCGUCUUCUGACGCUUUGGUUCGCUCACGGUGGCAGCGUUGAGGUCAACUCGGCCGUUACCGAAGGUUUCGCCAACAUUAGCGUCGACACCUGGCUCGAGGUAAUUCCUCAGCUCAUUGCCCGCAUCAACCAGCCCAACAGGCGCGUGCAGCAAUCGGUUCACAAUCUCCUGGCUGAUGUCGGUCGAGCGCACCCCCAGGCCUUGGUGUACCCGCUUACUGUGGCGAUGAAAUCUUCCCAGAGCUCGAUGCGGUCUAAGUCGGCCGCUCAAAUCAUGGAUAGCAUGCGUCAACACAGCGCCAACCUCGUCGCACAAGCUGAAAUUGUCAGCCAAGAGCUUAUUCGGGUCGCGGUACUCUGGCACGAACUUUGGCAUGAGGGUCUGGAAGAGGCAUCCCGCCUCUACUUUGGCGAUCACAACAUUGACGGCAUGUUUUCCGUUCUCGGCCCCCUCCACGAUCUCCUAGAGCGAGGACCAGAGACACUGCGAGAGAUAUCGUUUGUCCAGGCCUUUGGUCGCGACUUGACGGAGGCGCGGGAGUGGUGCCGCCAGUACCAGACGACGCAGGAUGUCAACGACCUCAACCAAGCCUGGGACCUCUAUUAUCAAGUGUUCAGGAGGAUUUCCAGACAGCUUCCGCAGGUGACGUCUCUGGAGCUCACCUACUGUUCGCCCAAACUCCUCGCAGCCAAGGACCUCGACCUUGCCGUCCCCGGAACGUACCGCAGCGGUGCGCCGGUCGUCAGGAUCCAAGGGUUCGACUCGACAUUCACGGUCAUCAACUCGAAGCAGCGGCCGCGUAAGCUCAACAUUAGCGGCAGCGACGGCAUCUCGUACGCGUUCCUACUCAAAGGCCACGAGGAUAUCCGCCAAGACGAAAGAGUUAUGCAGUUAUUCGGCCUGUGCAACACGCUCCUCGCCAAUGAUUCGGAGUGCUACAAGCGCCACCUCAACAUCCAGCGCUACCCUGCCAUCCCCCUGUCGCAAAACUCAGGUCUUCUCGGCUGGGUUCCCAACAGCGACACGCUUCACGUGCUUAUUCGCGAAUACCGCGAAAGUCGCAAGAUUCUCCUCAACAUUGAGCACCGCAUCAUGCUGCAGAUGGCGCCUGACUAUGAUAACUUGACGCUCAUGCAAAAGGUGGAGGUGUUUGGUUAUGCGCUGGACAACACCACGGGUCAGGAUUUGUACCGCGUCCUCUGGCUCAAGAGCAAGAGCUCGGAAGCCUGGCUCGAGAGGCGUACCAACUACACGCGGUCGCUCGGCGUCAUGUCGAUGGUGGGCUACAUCCUGGGUCUCGGCGAUCGCCACCCAUCCAAUCUCAUGCUUGACCGUAUCACGGGCAAGAUUAUCCACAUUGAUUUCGGCGAUUGUUUCGAGGUUGCCAUGAAGCGAGAGAAGUACCCCGAGCGAGUGCCGUUCCGACUCACGCGUAUGCUCACAUACGCCAUGGAAGUUAGCAAUAUCGAGGGUAGCUUCAGGAUUACGUGUGAACAUGUCAUGAGAGUUUUACGGGAGAAUAAGGAGAGUGUGAUGGCUGUCCUUGAAGCUUUCAUCCACGAUCCCCUCCUAACCUGGCGUCUCACCAACACACAAAGUCCCGCCGGACCCUUCCAGUCGGCACGAGAAGCCGCGAUCGCGGGCCCGCAUGGCGGCCGUGGUCGACGAGCUUCGGUCCUCGACGGUCGCCCGCAAGAUCUCAUGGCCGCCCAGGCAGGGAUGGACGGAAUGCCAACCGGCCUCCCCAGCACGCGAUCCCGGGCUAGGACCAACUCAUCUGUCGCGCGAGACGGAGUGGUCAACGGCAACAGCAACGGUCACACCGACGUCGUCGAAGUGCAGAACGCUAGGGCUCUCGAGGUGCUCGACCGUGUGCAGCAGAAACUUACGGGUCGGGACUUUAAGAACGCCGAGGAGCUAGAUGUGGUUAGUCAGGUUAAUAAGCUGAUCAUUGAGGCGACGAAGCUGGAGAAUCUCUGCCAGCAUUAUAUUGGAUGGUGUAGCUUUUGGUAG